AUGCAGUUAAAAAUCAAGGAUGAUUUACACAUAUCGAUUUCACUAUGUUCAGUAAAUGCUAUAUUUUUGUCUGACACACUUGCGCAAAAGCGUUAUGCGUACUUCUUACGAGCAAGUUUUGAGCAAGCCCCACUUGCUAGUGGGAAGCUAAUUGCGCUGCGUGACUCUGUCCAUUUACCUAAGGAGGGAAAGACAGAGAGGUACGUAAAGUCGCAACGGCACCAGGACGAUCUAGGAAUUCCAAAAUCUAAUGAAAUAUCGCAGUAA